AUGAUCUUUGUCGGUCGUUUUGUACCGUGGCUUUCGUGGAUCGAUUGGAUCUGCGGUUUGGAUGCUCAACUGGAAAAGACGGCAAAGGAUUUUGAUGAGUUCUUGGAGAGAGUUGUACAAGAUCAUGUAGAUGGUGAUGGAGAUGGGACUGAUUUCGUCGAUGUGUUACUCGCCAUUCAAAGAGAGAGGAGCGUCGGGCUAGAAAUCGACCGGAUCAGCAUAAAGGGAAUCAUCUUGGAUGUUUUUGUGGCUGGUACGGACACAUCCUCCGCGCUUAUGGAAUGGGCAAUGACAGAGCUUCUACAUCACCCAGAGUGUCUGAGUAGACUUCAAGAAGAAGUCCGUACGAUUUGUAAGGAAAAAUCGAGUGUAUCACAAGAAGACAUUCAAGACAUGAACUACUUAAAAGCUGUGAUCAAAGAGACAUUCAGGCUUCAUCCUCCACUUCCAUUGCUUGCUCCUCACGAAUCAACACAUGAUGUCACAUUAAGAGAUUACCACAUACCUGCCGGUACACAGGUUAUGAUCAAUGUUUGGGCGAUCGGAAGAGAUGCUGCCACGUGGGGACCAGACGCGGAGGAGUUUAGACCGGAGAGGCAUUUAGAUUCGACUGUUGAUUUCCGAGGUCAAGAUUUUGAGCUGAUUCCAUUUGGAGCAGGGAGAAGGAUCUGUCCAGCAGUAUCAUUUGCUGCGGUAUUGAAUGAGCUGAUUUUGGCUAACUUAGUGCAUCAGUUUGAUUGGAUAUUACCGGUUGAAUCUACAGAAGAUAAAACCGGUGUCGCUGAAUCAACCGGUAUUGUGGUGCACCGCAUGUUCCCUCUUUAUGCCAUUCCAUCAUUUACUACUUGACCAAGGCAUUGUAUAUUUGGUUUAUUAUGUUAUGUGUGCAAUAAACAUGUUCACUCAUUUGAAACUCUUACUAGGGUAAUUUAAUAAGCCAAGUGAGC